AGCGCCACUCCGGCCGCCACACCGAGCACCGAACGUCAAUCGACCCAUAGGUAGUGGUGGUGUCGGUGUCCAGACUCAGAAUCUAAAUCCUCACGGCACAACAAAUCCAAGGAUCGUACCUAUGUCCCCCUUCCACCCAUCUUAAGCCAUCAUCAUUGCAAUGACACCACGCGUCCUCCUCGAAGAUACUUCCACACCCUCCGAUGCUCUCCUAAGUCUGCUAACCUCCCAUCUCCCACACUCCCUCCCCGUCCUCCGCUGCCUGCAGUUUGCACGAAACUUCCCGAACGGCCGCUCACCGCGUGCCCACGUGCUGUACGCUCACUACCAGGAGGGUGAGAGCAGCGAUGGCCAGACAAGAGGACAGCAGCACCGCAAGCAGCCGCAGCAGCAGUUUGCCGCGGCCUACGUCGACCUGUGGCGGGGGCCGGAAACACAGAUCUGGCUCUACUCGACACUAGAGGACAGGUGUGCUACUACUACUACUACUACUACUACUACUCCUACGAGCGCAACCAGCGGUGUGAUCCGCGGGGAGGGACCCAGGGCCAGAGCCGGCAGACAUAGUGCAUGCGAUCUUACGCCUGACGAGGGGAAGCAAGGCCUCGAUCUUGUCCUGGCGCUCUUGCGGCGCGCUAGGACGGUAGCUACGGCCGGGGAUCACCCGCCCUUCAUCCCCGCCGCCGAGGGGGGACCGGAGGGGCGACGGAUGAAGGUCUUGAUUGGCUCCCUCCACGAAGACGUCCGCCAGAAGUUGCUCGCAAGCGGGGUGAGAAUGGAGAAAUCCCCGAAUCUCCCCGCCGAGCUGGAGUGGGAAUUCUGCGGCAAGUGGCUUUUCCGGGUAGAGGAUUUGCCUCGCAGCAACGGUUCCUUGCCGGAGGGCAUGCGGUGGGAUCGGGUGCGGAGAGAGGAUGUCAGGGUAGUGCUGGAGCGGACGAGUAUCAAGCGGAAGGAGGCGACUUUGCUCAUGGUGCCGAGCACCGUGAUCAGAUUGGAUGACGGGACACCCAUAGCUUGGGUUUUCAUGGGGCUUGACGGGUCGGUAGUGACAUUACAUGUCGAGCAGCAAUACCGCCGUCUGGGUCUUGCCAAAGCAGUGGCUUGCAAGAUAAUGCGCGACCACCUCCAGGACUACGGUGACGACGGCUGGGGGGCGGCCGAUGUGUUCGAGGGGAACCUUGCCAGUCAGGGGUUUUGCCGGAGUAUUGGCGGGAAGCUCAGCUGGACGAUAUCCUGACCUCUGCAGCGUUGGAGAUCCCCUGUGAGAUGUGCAUAAGACACUUUUAGUACCGCAGACUUCUACCC